GAAAGCCGAGGAUUGCUAGGUAAAUGUCACAAAAGCCUCCCAAAUCAAUCCCUGGUACUUUGAGUCGACGAAUUCUCAUCAUAACCAUAUUUAUAGUCAUUCUGGCCACUCUCACGAAAUUCUUGCCUCGCAUUUCUCUUCUCUCCUCACACUUCAUUACCCCACCUAGAGCCCUCUCCACAGCCACCAAAAUGGCUAGCUACAGCAAAGAACUAGAGGUUGCACAGCUUGCCGUUCAGAGAGCAGCUCUCCUCACCAAGAAAGUGUUCCACGAGAAGGCCAAAGGGACAAUUUCGAAAGACGAUGCUUCACCAGUCACCAUUGGCGACUUCGGCGCCCAAGCUCUCAUUAUUCAUGCGAUUAAGAAGAACUUUCCUGACGACCAAGUCGUUGGCGAGGAGGAGGCAAGUACUUUGAGAGAUAACCAAAACUUGAGGGAUCAAAUAUGGAGCUUGGUGGACGGUGCUAAGCUCGAUGAUUCGGAGGCAGAGAAGGUACUUGGAGGACCCAUUGAGUCACUAGAUGCUAUGCUGGAUGCAAUCGAUGCAGGGAACAGUGCUGGAGGCAACAAGGGCAGAAUAUGGGCAUUGGAUCCGAUCGAUGGUACAAAAGGUUUCUUGAGAGGAGGUCAAUACGCAGUCUGCUUGGCAUUGAUGGUUGAUGGAGAUGUGAAGGUUGGGGUUUUGGGUUGCCCAAAUCUACCAGUUGAUGAUUCGGCGCCAUUGACUGCAGAAUCAGGCGCAAACCAAACAGAUGCUGAAGGAAAGGGAGUCCUAUUUGCUGCUGUGGCAGGAAAGGGAGCGAUCAGCCGGCCAUUGGGUACUGCUGGGCUGGGGAAGAGUCAACCAAUUCAGAUGAAGCCAGUCAAGGACCUCACACAAGCAACAUUCUGUGAGAGUGUAGAGGCUGGCCACUCGUCUCACGGAGAUCAGUUUGCUAUCGCUACCAAGCUCGGCGUCACGAAGCCAAGUGUCAGAAUGGAUUCGCAAGCAAAGUAUGGUUCCAUUGCUCGAGGAGCUGGAGAUAUCUACCUGCGAUUACCAACUAGUGCUACAUAUCAAGAGAAGAUUUGGGAUCAUGCUGCUGGUGAUCUCAUUGUUCGGGAGGCCGGUGGGCAGGUUACUGAUACUUUGGGCAGAAGAUUAGAUUUCAGCAAAGGACGGACUUUAGCUGAAAACAAGGGUGUUGUUGCUGCUCCUGCUGCUGUUCAUGGCCAGGUUCUUGACGCAGUCAAGGAGGUUCUGUCCAAGAAGUAGACGUACUCCACGCCAUAAAUAGAAAUGGAUGCCAAAUAUACAGCUCUGUUUCGUAAACGCCGA